AUAAUUCACCUUCAUCUUAUUUUAUUCCAUCCCGAAAAUGCAAUUCCAAUCGAUAGUUGGUUUGAUGAUAAAAAUGAUAAAGAAUUAUUAGAUCUUCUCCCAUUAUUAGAUGAUUUAAUGAAAGUUGAAGAUGUAAGAUUAGUACUAGAUGAAUCAAGAAAUAAUUGA